AUGCCCAGCAGGAGGAGUGAGCAGAGUGAGCAGCAUGCCCUCGGCAUCCAGCGGCAAUCUCAGGCCAGACAAUCAUUGUUGUGCUCAUUGCUUGUAGGCAAGGGCACCCAGGCUCCUCGCAUCCACGACCAGUUCUGCCAGGUCAAUCAGAAGACGAAGCUCGGCGUUGAAGCCAAGAAGAUCAUGGACGCGGGCGGUCUCGUCAGCGACGACAUCAUGGUGGGCAUGAUCAAGGAUCAGCUGGAGAACAACGAGGCGUGCAAGAACGGCUUUGUCUUGGACGGUUUCCCGCGCACAGUCCCGCAGGCCGAGAAGCUUGAUUCGAUGCUGUUCGAGCGCAAGGAGAAGCUCGACUCGGUCGUGCAGCUCGAGAUUCCCGACGAGCUGCUCAUCUCUCGAAUCACUGGUCGUCUGAUUCACCCUGCAAGCGGGCGCACCUACCACAGGGAGUUCCACCCACCAAAGAAGGCCAUGACCGACGACGUCACCGGCGAGCCACUCAUCCAGCGCUCGGACGACAACGUCGAGACGCUCACCAAGCGUCUCAAGUCAUUCCAUUCCCAAACCACGCCCGUCGUGCAGUACUACAAGAACAAGGGCCUUUGGCACCGGAUCGACGCCGCCCAGUCGCCCUCGGUCGUUUGGGACAACCUCCGGAAGGUGUUCACCGCCAAGCCGCGGUAG